ACUCGGGAUCCCAACAAAAGCACUUUUUUUUUGUUGGGUUCAAAGUUGGUCUGUUCUUUCCUCAGGCUCAUGCGCUUGACAUCAAUUCCAGAUAUGGUAAAACCCGCUUUUGCAUUUUCUUUUAAUCGAUCGUCCCACUGUUCUGCUUGGUUCCACUGGUUUUUUUUCUCUCUGUCGCAGCACACCACCUAACCGAAAAUGUCACUGGAAGAUCUGUUUGGCAAACUGGCAAUGUCCACUGUCAACACAGUGUCUCGAAUCGCCAUUAGUCACGCCACCAACGCUGCCAUUCGCGGCGUCACUGGCUACAUUACGCAGCAACCCAAGGGCAAACGGGAAUCAGAAGAACUCAAGGCAUUGCAACGCCAAUUUGACCUCAAAAUCAAGAAUCUUAAACCGACCAUUGACAUGAUUGCUCGCAGCGUGGCCGAUGGCAACCAAGAUCUGGAGCCAGCGCUGGAGCUGUGUAACGACUUGAAACGAGAUAUCGACAGGUUCGCGCAAGAGAUGGAGGACGCCAAGAGCAAUAACAGCAAUGAUUAUGUACGAACCCGUCUCCGGGCACUGCUGGCCAGUGUGGAUGAUUCUGUCCCUUCGCUUCAUUUGGCGCUACGUAGUCUUGAGUCCCCGUAUGGCCAAAAACGCAUAUCGAGCUCAAGAUUACUGCAAGCUUCGGCCAUAUUAAAAUCUACAAGAGAAUGUGUCUUUCGGCUACGGCUGUACUCCUUAUUUGCUGCCAAUGUUCGCGAGGAUGCCGCUGGAUUUACUUGGAAGGAGGAUCUCGCAAAAUGUCAGUUGCAAGUCAAUAACAAGAGUACUACUGGGUCAUCAUCCUCUCCAUCCUAUGCGUAUGAGCUCAAGCUGAUCGAGAGUCUGGAUGAUGGACGAUACCACGAAGAAGGCGAAUCGCCUGAAACAUUGGCCAUUGACUUGGCGAAUAUCAAGAAAAUGUACUAUACCCGCAGCGGCGCAUUGCUCAAUAUCGAAGAUUCUAAAGCACCUGUCCUGGUGCUCAAGGUCAUAAAAAAGGACAAGAAGGAUGCAGACAAAGGCGAAAAGGAAGAUGCUGGCAACAUUGAAGUCAAAGAAGAAAAUCCAGAGAUCUUAGAAAGUGAGCUGGAACAAGCAUCUUGGUAUGCGGUGGAGAUAUGGACCAAUGGUGAUGAAGACGAUAGUGAUGACGAUGACAAUGACGAUGAUAAAAAGGAUGAAAAACAAGGCUCUGCAGAAGCAGCAGGAGCGAAAGGAAAGCAAGAUCAGGAGGCUAUUGAUCAGCCAUCACUGUUGCUGCUGGAAUCCGUGAUAAAGCUGGCAUUACUGGAAAUAUCGGAACAAAUGGAUCAUUUGGAUGCUUCGGAUGAUCUUAUUGAAUUGUACAUGGCGGAAUAAAAGCAAACAAUUGACU